AUAAAUUAAAUUAAGUUUCAUUAAUUAUAUUUACACACACAAUAUUUAAAAACAAAAUAAAGAAAAAUAGUAAUUUUGGCAUCGGAGUGCUGUGAAUACAUACGUUCGUUUUUGUUCUUGUGUGAAUUUUUUGCUGUAUUUAAUUUUAUUUUUUAAUUUGAAUGUACCCGCAUUACUUUAAAAAAAUCGUUGUGCUCAUUCACCUAAUGCACAAGCGAUCUCCAUACUAUUGACCAUUACCCAAAAAUCUGAACUCUACCAUACUUCAGUUGUUGCAUGCAACAGCAGCACCAGUCAAUUGUAUUGUUAACAACGACAACAUCGUUACUUUAUUGAAAAGGUAGCGGUAAUUUGUUGAAAGUAACGCUUUGAAACACUUGUUACGUGCCGUAAAAAUAAAAACAACAAAUCCUUAAACAAAUUUUACGCAUAUCCAAUCCUACGAACACUUGCAUCUAGCGAAUCUUAGCAUUGCGUAGCGAGUAGCACAAUCAUGCCAUCAAAACCGUCGCCCUCUCCACGAUCAACGGCAUCGCGGCGACAGCAGCUACUCAUUCGCUCAACCGUCCACUACAAUCUGCGUUCAUUCAAUUAUGUUGCUGACGAGCCCCAACGCAUCUACCAGCUGUGGCGCAUUACCGAUACGGUAUUGCAAAGUCAACAGGAGCAGCAUCAAAUGCAACACCGACGACAACAACUCCCUUGUAAACAUUAUCAACAGAAUGUCUGUAACAUAGCGCUAUUCAUGGGCAUCACUGCUCCACAUUUAAAAUUUUGCAACAACAACAAGUUCCUAUUAAUAUUGUUCCUCUGCGUUUCUUUAUUACUGCUCGCCGGCAAUUGUCUACCCACAGUCAUGGCAGCCACAAAUCCGCGCAUACCCUAUAGACCACCGAAAGCGGAACCGGGCGAAUGCAGAAGCAUCGAUGUGCGUAACGAAUGCGCUAGUCUGAAUCAGCUGCAUAACUGCACUGUUAUUCGUGGCUUUCUGUUGAUAGUCCUUUUGCCAUCGUUGCGCAGGGGACCGCAAGAGGUUUGUGAUUAUGGGAAGUAUAGCUUUCCUUUGCUGCGUGAAAUUACCGAUUUUCUGAUAUUCCAUGAUGUGAAGGGACUGCGCAGUAUACGUGAUCUCUUUCCCAAUUUGGCUGUGAUACGUGGCCGCCGUUUGUUCCUGAACUAUGCACUUGGCAUUACUAAUAUGCCUGAUUUGGAAGCGCUGGAAUUUAAAUCUCUAAUUGCCAUUCAACGUGGACACGUUUAUAUAAAUAAUUGUCCAAAACUAUGCAACUUAGACAAGAUAAAUUGGGAUCGCCUUACACUGUCCGUGGGUGAAAAUCAGGUAUUUCCUAUAGCGCCAGAGAGCUGCCCAACAAAAACUGUUUGCCAACGCUGUGCUACCGAGUAUUGUUGGUCCAAUGAUGUUUGCCAACGUUUCGAAAAUGACAAUCUGAUCGAUACGAAACAAGGCAUCCAGCAUUGUCAUAGCGAAUGUCUGGGUGGUUGCUCUAACAGCUCAAGCGUCGGUUGUCUAACAUGUAAAAACUUAAUGGAUCACGGGUCAUGCGUGAAAGAGUGCCCACCGGAUAAAUAUUUAUUUGGCAUAUUUCAAAACUGCUAUACAGAGUCUGAGUGCAAGCAAAACUUGAAUAUGACUAUCGAAAACGACCAAUGUUUGUUACACUGUCCGCAGGGUUCUAUAUUCGAUGUGAGCAUUUCUUGUUUUAAUCACCAGGGCAAUUCGGGCUAAGAUGGUAAAAAGUCUUUCGUAAGACAAAUGAAAGACAGAUGACAAGAUAGUUCGAAAGACUUUUGUUAUUCUAGCACAAAUGUCUUGAAAAAAAGCU